UCAUUGGACGUUUUGGGAAUUCUCAGCAUCUCGUCAUUGGUGGACGUUGAGCUAGGGCGCAAAGCAGCUACCCACCACUCCACUGCCGGAGCCGACGCCCUUCCCCGUUCCCACUCGAGAACAACCUGAUCACCAGUCGCCACUCACUCACAAGAUCUCGGGGAGCGAGGAGCCCCAACCUUUCACUCCUGGUGAAUACACUUCAGAUCCAUCCAGUCUACGCAGCAGUCAGUCGCACUCUUAUCACAGACGUCAACCACACCGGGACAUCUGGUGAAGAUGGCGGAAUCUGGACAGGCGUCCCUCAAACUAUCCGUUCUUCAACGCUCCUCCCUUGUCAAAGGCGGAACUCCAAGUAUCUAUGCCAUUCCAAUGGAGCAGACAGUGCGGGAUGAAGAUGGGUGCUUUCAAAAGCUAGAGUUUGGACGUAGUAUUCAGAAUAAGACAAACAAAGUUAUCAUGAUGGUGGGAGAAACAGGCUCUGGAAAGACCACGCUCAUCAAUGGUCUAGUUAACUAUGUCCUUGGAGUUAACUGGGAAGACAAAUUCCGCUUCAAAAUGAUUCUGGAAGACAAUAACGCCAACCAGGCUGAGAGCCAGACAAAGGAUGUUACUUCCUACACUCUGCAUCACCAGCACUGUUUCCAAACGCCUUAUUCUCUCACCAUCAUUGAUACUCCAGGUUUCGGUGACACUAAGGGCAUUAAGCGUGACAAGGAAAUAGUGGAGCAGCUUCGCAAGUUUUUCACCUCCCCAGGAGAUCGUGGCAUCAGUCACAUUGAUGCUAUUGGCUUUGUGGUUCAGUCUUCCCAGGCAAGACUCUCUGUAGGGCAAAAAUAUGUCUUUGACAGUAUCCUCUCACUGUUUGGCAAAGACAUAAUUGACAAUAUUUUCCUAUUAGUCACUUUUGCUGACGGACAGAAGCCUGAGGUUCUAAGUGCUGUUAAAGAAGCUGAAAUACCAUAUAAGGAAUACUUCCAGUUCAAUAAUUCUGCUGUCUACACCGAGACGGAUAAAGCACAGAGACUUGGCUCUCUCUUCUGGGAAAUGGGAUGUGAAAGUUUCCAGAUCUUUCUGGAAAAACUCCUUCAUGUUGAAAGCAAGAGCCUCAUUCUUACUAAAGAUGUCCUUCAAGAGCGUAAAAGCAUUGAAGUGUUCAUUGAAGGCAUAGAAAAAGAAAUCAGAGUGGGCCUAAGUAAACUGAAUACCCUUGAAAAGGAAAAGAAAAUGCUACAAGAACAUGAACAUGAAAUAAACAUGAACAAAGACUUCAUGGUAGAAGUUGAAGAAGAUGUUUUUGAAAAGAAAUACAGCGAUGGUAGGUUCAAAUAUCGAGGAAUGCGCAACUGUUUAAAAUGUGAGCGUACUUGUUGCCAAAACUGCUUGGCUGGCAUUUUUGGAUUUGGUGGGAGUUGGUGCUAUGCUAUGGACAAAUCUAAGAACUGUGUAGUAUGUCCUUUACACUGUUCUCUUGACGAUCAUGAAGUAUGUGACUACAUGUUUUAUGUCACCAGGAAGAAAGUCCAAAAGACAGUGGAGGCAAUUCGUGAACGAUACGAAAAGGCAAAAGGAAAGAAACUGACCACGCAGAAUCUAAUUGAUGAGAUUCAGGCAGAGUAUGAUGAGGGACAGAAAAAGACACUGCACAUGGCCAACUGUGUGCGGAAGUCCCUUGAAAGACUAAGGGAAAUAGCACUGAGACCAGACCCACUGAGUACUGUCGAAUACAUCGACAUGAUGAUAAAGACUGAAGAAAGAGAAGGGAAGGCCGGAUGGCAGGAAAGAGUUACUCAGCUUAACCAAAUAAGGCGAAUGGCAGAGCAACUGAAGGAUAUUGAAACAGGAAAUUUUGAUCUUAAUCUACAAUGCGAGGAUAUGGAUGAACAGUAAAGAGUGGAAGAAUCUUUAAAACAUCAUUGAAAAAUAUGCGCACAUACCCCACUCUCUCUCUCUCUCUCUCUCUCUCUCUCUCUCUCUCUCUCUCUCUCUCUCUCUCUCUCUCUCUCUCUCUCUCUCUCUCU